AUGUUUUAAUAGAUUAAUAAAUACAACAAAUUAGAAGAAUUUUUAAACUCUUCACUUUAAUCUCAUUAGGUUCUCCAUAUUAAUCUGAAUUCUAAUUAAAUUGGUGAUAUCAGUGCAUCAGACUUAGGUUCUGCUUUAUAAAAUUGCACGAAUCUCUCUUAUUUGACACUUCAUCUUAGUUCUAAUUAAAUUGGUGCAAUCGGUGCAUCAGGCUUAGGUUCUGCUUUAGCAAAUUGUAAAAAUCUCUCAAAUUUGACACUUGGUCUCCACUCCAAUUAAAUUGGUGCAAUCGGUGCAUCAGGAUUAGGUUCUGGUUUAGCAAAUUGCACUAAUCUCUCAAAUUUGACACUUUAUCUUUAUUAGAAUGAAAUUGGUGAUUAAGGUGUAUCAGGCUUAGGUUAUGCUUUAGCAAAUAGCAUUAGUCUCUCAAAUUUGACACUUGAUCUUUAUGGGAAUAAAAUUGGUGCAAUCGGUGCAUCAUGCUUAGGUUCUUCUUUAGCAAAUUGCACUAAUCUCUCAAAUUUGACACUUGGUCUUGAUGGGAAUAAAAUUGGCGCAAUUGGUGCAUCAGGCUUAGGUUCUGCUUUAUCAAAUUGCACUAAUCUCUCAAAUUGA